AUGGAAUCUGUAUUCCAAUUAUCCAAAACAGGAGUAAAUGAACAUUUAAAUUCAGAAACUUCAAACUCACAACAACAACCAAUUCCAUCAACCAAAACUCCAAAACAGAAAAGAAAUAGAGUAUCAUUGAAUUGUUUAAGUUGUAAGAAAAGAAAAAUUAAAUGUGAUAGAAAACAACCUUGUGACUCAUGUAUAAAAUAUGGUUCAACUUGUCAAUAUCAAAAUCCAACUUGGACUAGAGCUCAACAAGAUAGUGAUCAUUUUAAUGUUGAACGAUUGAAUGCUUCAUCCUCUACUGAGUCAGUGAGUGAACCUAAAAAGAAGAAGAAGAAAGUUGAUUCAGAAGUUGAACAACCACCAAAUUUGCCAAUUAAUUCAUCUAAUGAUAAUGAUGUUUAUUCACAAUUAAAUUUUUUAAAAUCUAAAUUAAAAGAAUUAGAAACUAAUAUUACUUCACAAGACAAAUCGUCACCAGCAUCUAUAGAAAUAAUAGAUCCACCAUUACCACCACAACCACAGACACAACCAAAGAAGACCAAAAAGAAACCGAUUUUUAAUUUUGACUCAUAUUCAACAAACUCAUCAAAUUCAACAUUUAUUGGAAUAAAUCCAUAUAAUGAAACCACUCCGAAAGAGACAAUGAAUUUUUAUUCAGAUUAUUCAUCAGUAUAUUUACAAGAAAUAAAUAGAAGAUACAAUCAUGGACCUUUUACAUGGUUAUCAUUUCUUAAAAAAGAUCCAGCUUUAAAUUUAUCAUGGAAAUUUUUACAACAUUUAAGAUCAGAAAAUAGAUCAAUUUUAAAAGAUACACCAAGACAUAUAAAAUGUAAACCAUUACAUCAUCAUCAACCACCGACAAAAGAAAAGACAAGAACUUCGGGUGCAACAUCAAUAAAUAGUCCUAUAUCAUCAUUACAAGAUCCUAAAACUAAUGUCAUAGAUGAUGAUUUUAGAGAAAAAGCAAUAGAUAGAGAUGGAUAUAAUGAUUUAAGAUUAUAUGGAAACAUUAAAACCAAUUUUAAACAACUGGAAGUAAGAGGUGGUAGAGGUGGUGGUAAAUUUAGUAGAUUAUCAGAAGAAUGUAAAAGAAAAAGAGAAUCGGCACCUGAUGUACGUUGUGCUACUACUCCUGGCGAUAAUCUAGAUAAGAUUAAUGAAUCAGACAAAAAUGCUACUUCAAAUCCAAAUGAUCAUAUUCAUCAUGUUCAUGAACAUAAGCAUAAGAGAGGUGAGCAUGGGAAAAACCAUUGUUGUUCAAAAGUCAUGUCUUAUGGGAAGGGUAAAAUUGAAGAAGAAUUAAAUUUAAUUGAGAAUUUGAAAAAUUAUUUACCAAAUCAAAAAAUAAUUUGGUUAUCGAUUGAUUUCUUUUUUGAAUAUUUGUAUCCAUAUUUGCCUAUUUUAGAUGAAUUUGAAUAUACAAAAGAAAUGGAAAGAUUAAUUGGAUCUAAAGGGUAUGAAGAAAAAAAAAUUGAAGAAUUAAAUAUUGAAAAAAGAUUAGAUUUUGCUUUUUUGGGUGUAUUAUUUAUUAUUAUUAGAUUAGCUCAUAUUUCAUUAAUUUCUAAUAGGUCAACAAAUAAUGACGCUAAUAAAUCACCACAAUUAAAAUACAUAUUGGACAAUCCACCAGACAUAAAAUUAAUUGAGAAAGCUAAACUAUGUCUAUCUCAAUUUGAUUUGUAUAGAAGAACUUCAUUAAUUGUUUUACAAUUAACGUUCUUGUUAAGAUUACAUUCAUUGUUUUCACCCGAGGAUGGUGAUGGUGCUGAUGGUGCUGAUUCUCAAAUAUAUACUGCAUUAUCUAUCCAAAUGGCAUUAGCUAUAGGUUUAAAUAGAGAUGGAACAACUAUAAAAUAUGAUGAUAUAAAAGAAGAUGAAAAAUUACAAAAUUUACAUAGAAAAUUAUGGUUUUUUAUGAUUAUUUGUGAUUUAAUUCAAGGGUAUCAAUAUGGGAACCAAUUGGGGAUAAGUGAAGCAAUGUAUGAUACUAGAUUACCAUUUUAUGAAUUGGGAAAUAAUAAUAUUCAAAACGUUGAAUUGGAAAAACACGUUAUUGGAACUUUUGCAUAUUUUGAAAAAUACCAUUACAAAUUAGUUGAUAUAUUAAAUGGAUGUUUAAAUAUGAAAAGACCUUUGGAAAUUGCCAAAUUAACUGAAAUGAUUAGUGAUUUUGAAAUUUUUUUAAAUGAUAAUUAUGGUAUACUCAAAUUUUUUUUGAUACCUUAUGAUGAAGAUAAUUACGCAUACCCAUUUAUUAAGACCAUGAAAUGUAAGAAUUAUAUCAACAUGAAGAUGUUCUUAAAUAUGAUAUUUUAUCACUUAUAUUUAUAUUACGAAGCUCAAUCUCAUCAAAAUGUACCAAAUUCCAAACACUUGGCAUUUUUUUAUUUAAAAAAGUUAUCAAGUAUAUUUUAUGGUGAAUUUUUCCCGUACAUUUUUCAAUUGCUAUAUAACAAUCACAAAAACUUUGGUUCAUCAAUAACAGUAGACCUUAUUUUGAAUCCAGGAAUUCAAUCAAUGAUUCACAAAAUGUCUCAAUUCAAUUUCGCUUUACUCAUUAGAUUAAAAGCAACAAUAUAUACAAUGAGGUACGUUAACGAAUCAAAUCACGUCAAGAACAUAGCUAUUGGUGGUGAUAUAGAAUACAAGAAGAAGUAUUUGAAGUAUGUUAAAAUAUGUCAAUUAAUUGAAAAAAUAAGUGAGAUUUGUCUUAUGGCUAUGUCAAGAUUAAGUCAACGUUAUUAUUAUGCUUGGAGGAUAACUAAAGCUCAUUCAUAUAUUUUGGAAAAUUGUAUAAACAAUGAUAAUUUUAUGAAAUUUUUUCAACCUGGAGAACUUCAUCAAUUUUUAGAUUUAGAAGAUUCUCAACUUAAUGAAAUUAUUAAAAUUUGUGAAUCAAAUUUAAAAAAAUUUACUACUUUCCAAAAACAAAAUUGUAUGACUAGUAAUUGUAAUGGAUUAGAUGAAAAAAAUGAAGUUGAAGUUGAUUUUGAAAAUAAUGAAGUCCAUAAUGAAAAUGAAACAACAAAUUUUACACCCGUUGAGACAAAUGAAUCAUCAUCACCUAAACCUAAAACUCCACAAUCAACAACAUACUUAAAAGAAGGAGAUGUAAUAGAAACAAACAUUUUAGGUUUCCCACCAACAGAAGCCGUUGUAUCAAAUCCAUUAACUAAUGAAUCUUGGUCAUUUUUAGAUGAUUUUAAAUUUAUGAAUUCUGAAGAAAUUGAUAAAUUAUGGAUUAGUAUGAAAUUAAAAUAUGAUAAAAAGUCGACAACGAAUGAAGAAGAUCAACAACAACAACAACAACAAUCACAACAAUCACAACCAUCAAAUGAUGUUGGUUUAACUAGACAUAAUAGUGAACCUUACUAUUCCAAUAUUAGAGAUUCACCUAUUUGGUCAACUAAUUCUUCAUCAUCAAGUUUACAACAAAUUAAUCAACAAAAUUCACCAAUUUCAAUAAAUAAUCUUAUAAAUAAUAAUAAUAAAUUCCCACAACAACAACAACAACAACAACAACAAUUUCAAUCAUCACAAGUUACAUCUCAGCAACCUAAUUUAAUUGAUGUUGAAGCUUUAAAAGAUUUUGAUUUAUUUGAUAGUUUACCAUUAGAAGAAAUGUUAGGGAUAAUAAAUAGUAAUAAUUAA